AUGGAAAAUGUUGUGCCAACCUCAAAUGCAGAAGUGCAAUACAAAGAAAUCUUCCAUUCUACCAGAGAUAAUCAGUAUCUAAAAGUCUCAAGUCUGCUCGAAUCCUGCAACAAUCAAUCCACAAACAUUACAGGCAAAUUCAAUAAAAACAAAACACUCCUGCCUUCUGUAGACGAGGAAGAAUUAGUGUAUAGUAAUCUUCGUCAAAAUCAAGUUGGUGCAGAGGAGUCAAAUACCGCAGCAAUAAAUGUUGCCAGUUUGACUUGGUCGCCCUUGCACGACGCAGCAUACAACGGGAAAACAGCAACAGUUACAAAGUUGCUAAUUCUGGGUGCAAAGAUAGAUUCCGUAAGUAAAGACAAGUUGACACCACUCCAUUUUGGGGCUAUGAAUGGAUUUAAAGAUGUGGUUCAGUUACUGGUCGAUAGUGGAGCAAAUAUUGAAGCUAUCAAUAACAAAGGACAGACGCCCUUGUAUAUUGCAGCUAAACAUGGCCAAUUUGACGUAGUUCAAAUUCUGAUUGACAAAGGCGCCAAUAUAAAUGCUCUUGCCAAAAGAAAUUGUACAUCUUUACACAUAGCAGCUCUACAUGGUUACUUAGAUGUUAUCCAACUUCUGAAUACUGAAGGCGCUGAUAUUAAUGCUGUUACUGAAGCAGGAUUGACGACUUUACACAUAGCAGCUGAAAAUGGCCACAUGAAAGUUGUCCAGUUCUUGAUUAGUAAGGGCGCUAAUGUCAAUGGUGUUUCUGAAAAAAACUGGACUCCAUUGCACCUUGCUGCAAAUAAGGGCCACUUAGACGUAGUGCACAUUUUAAUCAGUGAAGGUGCUAAAGUCAAUGGUGUUUUAGAAGAUAAUUGGACUCCUCUACAUAUUGCAGCUGAAAAAGGCCACUUGGAUGUUGUCGAACUAUUGGUUAACUAUGGCGCCGAUGUAAACGCUGUUGCUGACAAUAAUUGGACUCCAUCACACUUGGCCGCAGAAAAUAGCCACAUCGAAGUAAUCAAGUUUUUGAUUUGUAAUGGAGCGAUGUUUUCAAUGUUGCUAAAAUAA